UCUGCACGUAGUAUUGUAGAGAAUAACCAGACAAAACUGUGACGAAAUAUUACUGAGGCGGUUUAAAAACGAUUGAAAGGGGACUUGGCGGGUUAUCAUCAGUGGACAAUCAAACUUAACAGGCUUCCUCAACUUGAAAAACAUGGAUGACAUCCAGGCUGAAUCAAAAGGUGCCCUGCUCGUUGACAAGGAAUUGCCCGGGUUGAGAGAGGCUGUAUCUCAACUGGUGACAAAGGAGCAUGAUGUGGAGACUCCUUAUGGAAGGAUCCACUGCACCAUGAAGGGGGUGCCCAAAGGAGACCGCCCAGUCAUCCUCACCUUCCACGACAUUGGACUGAACCACAAGACCUGCUUUGACACGAUGUUCCAGCACGAGGACAUGCACGAGAUCAUGCAGCACUUUGCGGUGUGUCAUGUCGAUGCCCCAGGCCAACACGAGGGGGCCAAUACCUUCUCUACCGGGUACGAAUACCCAUCCAUGGAUCAGCUGCCCGAGUCUCUCCCCCUGGUUCUCAAACACUUUGGCUUGAAAUCCAUCAUUGGGAUCGGUGUUGGGGCUGGAGCCUACAUCCUUGCGAGAUUUGCUCUGGACUACCCAGCUUUGGUAGAGGGCCUGGUUCUGGUCAACAUAAACCCCUGUGCUGAAGGGUGGAUGGACUGGGCUGCACACAAGGUCACUUCUUUGCCCGAAAUGCUCAUCAGCCAUCUCUUUGGGAAGGACGAAAUCGCCAACAACCACAACCUGAUCGCCACCUACCGUCAUCACAUCAUAAACGAUAUGAACCAAUACAACCUGCACCACUUUGUCAAAGCUUACAACAGCCGACGUGAUCUGGAUAUCGAGAGGCCCAUUCCUGGGGGAAAAGUCACCGUCAGAACCCUUAAGUGCCCUUCCCUGUUGGUGGUCGGAGACAGCUCCCCUGCUGUUGACGCGGUGGUGGAGUGCAAUACUAAGCUUGACCCGACAAAGACUACACUGCUCAAGAUGGCUGAUUGCGGAGGCCUUCCCAUGGUAGACCAGCCCGGGAAGUUGACCGAGGCUUUCAAGUACUUCAUUCAGGGAAUGGGCUACAUGCCUGCGGCCAGCAUGACCAGACUAGUCCGCUCUCGCACGGCGUCCGGCUCCAGUGUCCACUCCAUGGACGGCAACCGCAGUCGCUCCCACACCAACGAGGGCAACCGCAGUCGCUCUCACACCAACGAGAAACGCGGCCGCUCCCACACGGACAGUAUGGAUGGUACAGGGAACAGCGGCGCCGCUCUCAAGUCCACAGAGGUGUCCUGCUAGGUGACUUGUAUACGUGACCCCUGACCCCCAACCCUUUAACCGCUGACCCCCGAUUCCUACUGCGCUGCUGCUAACCACACGUGCACAGGACUCCAUAACUUGCAAUGCAAUUGCCCCCCCCCCCCCCCCAACUGGAGAACAUCUCUAUGCCAAAGAGAUAUGCAAAGCGUGUGUGUGUAAGGGCUUGGAAGUGUGUCACUUCAUAGUGAAUACGAAAUUCGUGUUCCAACAAACCCGUCCUUUCCCCGUCUGGCAAGUCAGGUGGAAUGUGUGGUUAGGGGCAACGCAGCAGAGCGACUUAACGCAACAGAAUGUGAGAGGAAGUCGUAGCUGAAGAACGAGUUCCGAGUACACCAGUUUGUACAUUUCUCUUUUAAAUCUCUCAUGAUGUUUUUUUUCCUUUUUCUGUAGUUUUUUAUCACAUUUGACACAGAUUUCCUAAAAUGCGUACCUGACUGUAAAUGAUUUUCUUUCUCAUUGUAAUUGUUCAUGAUUAACCUUUCAACAUUAUGAUGAUUUUUUGGUGGGGAUAUAGAUGUAGACCUAGCUGUGGAUUAACAAUAGGGAGGCACAAGGAUUAAAGAGAAAUUUGAGUUUUCUUUUACUCUGAUUGCUAUAUCUACAUUGAAACUGUAGAAAGGAGGGAAUGGAAGUCAUGUGUAUAUACAACACAUUAUUUGAACGUUUAAGAUUUUUUUUUAGUUUUUUCCAUUUUGAGUUAACAGCCGUCAGAAAGAAUUCACUGUUACUCAGUCCUGGCAAGUCUGGAAUCAAAUGAUCGUAGCCAUUCUAUUCUACAACAUUCCAAGAGAAUAUCCUUCUCGUUAAAACACAAAAACCUAAAUCAAGUGGCUUUUUGCAUCAUAUCGCUUUAUUAACAGAUCAAGACUUCAGGCAACAUUUUUAUAUUUGGAUAUUUCUUUUUUGUGUAUGCAAAUGAUUAUUUCUAUGCAAUCAAGCACGGCAGGACGAAGACUAUGUGCCAUGGAAAUCUUCACUCUGACUUACUAGAGUUCCUUUGUCGUGAUGGCUUUCAGAGAUACAUACGCACAUAACGUUAUCAGUAUAGAGUUGACCAUAUAACUUGUCAGAAAGUUUCUCCCACUUUUAACUUGCACUACACUACAGAAGUGAUCGCCGGCUUUGUAGGACAUACUACUUUAUAAGGAUGCGCAACUGCCUAAUGCUGUAGAUGAGAAGCAUUACAUAUGGUGUAAUUGUAUUUAUUAAAAAAAUAAAACAUAA